GAACAAUUGCUGUAGGCUUGGAUUGAGCAUCUGACUGCAUGUUGACGUGCAUCUGCAAACCAGUAUGGCUUCAAAUGAAACAAAUGCGCUUCAGGAAAUGCUUAAAAAUAUUGAUUUUGAGGAGCUCAUCCUGGCAUUCUGCUUGUCAAUGUUAAUCGGUCUGCUCAUCGGGAUCUUGAUUUUCCUCCUCCUCACAUGGAUGUCAAGAACCAGAGCUUCGGUCAGGAUGAUCAGACAUCAAACCCAGUCUUCAGAAUCGAAAGGCUGUCACCUCAAACACUACAAGAGUCACGGCUUUGAUAAGAACAGUGAAUAUGCUGGAAGAGCUGCUUUAAAUCUGCACAGGCAAACGUCUGUAGACCCCAACGAGCUGCUGGGAAGGAGCCCCAGCUUUCAGAACUCCACUUUUCGGCCACCUGUAAAAAAGACUAAAAAGAGCAGCGAUGAAAUGGAGGAUGAUAAUCAAGCAGCUUUACUUCCUAACAUCACAGAUCCAUUUAGUAUGGAGCCAGCUGAGUCCUUCUGGCUGGGGAAAGGCAGUUUAAGAGGUUUUCUGCCCAGACAGACUCCGCCACCUGCAUAUGACAGUGUCAUUCACAUCUUUCAGGAGACAUGUACCUGACUGCAAUGUGAAUACAGACUAUGGACCUGCGAAAAAUUUUACAUAAAUCACAAAACAUGGAUUAACCACAACAAAAGGAGAGAAAAUCUAACAGAAGCCUUGAGAAGGAUCUGACUUACUUAUUUGCAUUACUAACCCUUUGCAAUAAGGUGCCAUUUGUUAAAGGGAUAAUUCACCCAAAAAUGAAAAUGUCCUUAUUGUUUACUCCACAUCAAGUGGUUCUAUACUUCAAUGAGCUUCUUUAUUCUGUUGAACACUAAAAUAAUAAAUUUUGACGAAAGUU